AGAUGAUAAGCUGAUUUAAAAAGUUUCCAUAUUCUUUUCCUUGUAGAGUUUAUUUGCCUUAAAAUCGUUGAAAAUCAAAAGAGAACUCCUUAAAUUCAUACCUUUUCUUUAGUCUUCGAUGCCUACCAAAUUAGGAAAAAAUUUAACUCCUAAGGAUUAACAAAAUCUAUUAUGAUUAUCUCUUUUAGGACUUGUAUAUAUUGAUUUUAUCAUCACCAGAUUCGGAUUAGGUUUUCUCUGAUUCCGCUAAAUCUGAUCCUUACAAUUUUUUUAUGAUCUUUGCGGAGACAACAAAUUUUGGUUUUUUAACGUUGCCCAAAUCGUAACCGAAGUCUUAGUUUUCUCCAAGAACGCAAAUUUGCGAUCUUUGGGAUCCGGGCAAUCACUGUGUGUUUCAAUGGCGGAUCAUCAAGAGGACGAAGAUUUGAAAUUGGCUCUUCAGAUGAGUAUGCAAUACAAUCCUCCGGAGCCGAAACGGAGUAAACCCAUUGAAGAAACUGGAUCCGGAUCUCAACUCCGUGGUUCCUCCGGUGAAUCGCCGGAGGCAAAAAGCCGGCGGUUGCAGAGAGAGAUCAUGGCUGCUGCAGCAGAGAAACGAAUGAUGGUGUUUCCUAAAAGCCCUCCUGCUCAAGCUAAGCCCAGAGCUCUAGCUCUGGCUUCGCCAAUUGCGGUUGGUAAUGAAGCUGUGAAGAUCGGUGAAGCGAUGAGAUCUUGUGACGGUGAUGGUUCUUCCGGGAAUGAGUUAUCGCCGGAAGAGUCAAAUCAGUUGUUCACAAUGGUGUUUGGAAAUGAGGUAUCGAAAAGUGUACUUGCACAAUGGACUAAUCAAGGCAUAAGGUUUAGCCCUGAUCCUGAGACUACUAUAGGCUUAGUGCAGCAUGAAGGUGGUCCCUGCGGUGUUUUAGCUGCACUACAAGCAUUUGUUCUUAAAUACCUUCUUUACGUUCCGGAUGACAUAGGUAAAGCUUCCCCAAGUUUGGGUGUCUGGACAUUAUCUAAUCGUCAUGUCUCGUCAAACUCUUUCUCUUCUGUACCAGAAGAUGUAAAAACAAGGGCCCUUGUCAGGAGCAUGUGUGAGAUUCUAUUUAUGUGUGGAAACAAUAACCGUGCUGUAAUAGCGAGUUUCUCUAAUUCCGAGAAGUCCAUUAUUAAUCCGAAAGAUGAGGCAAUGGCUAGUGGGCUUCCCAUUGAGUCUGCUUCAGAUUUGCAGAAGAUCUUAAGAUUCGAGACAUUCACUACUAAAUCCAAUGCCCUUAGUAAGCUAGAAGGCACAAUCACUGCUUUCCAAAGUCGCAUGGGUGCUUUGCUAUUCCUCAUUUCAGCUUUACUCUCCCGUGGACUGGAUACCGUUCAAACCGACAGAGAUGAUCCAAACCUCCCCCUAGUAACUGCACCAUUUGGACAUGCCUCCCAGGAAAUUGUAAACAUGCUGCUGUGUGGAGAAGCGGUUCCUAAUGUGUUUGAUGGAAGGAUGGAUCUUGGAGGCGGUAUGUUUCUAAAAGGUAUAUCUAAAAAUGUGGAGGUGGGCUUCCUCACGUUGCUCGAGUCUCUCAAUUUCUGCAAAGUCGGCCAGAAUCUUAAAUGUCCCAAAUGGCCAAUAUGGGUUAUUGGCAGUGAGUCACAUUACACCGUCCUGUUUGCGCUGGAUCCAUCCGUCCAAGAAGAAAACGAGCUUGAGCUGAGAGAGGCUCAGAUAAGAAGAGCUUUCGAUGCAAGAGACCAAAGCGGAGGAGGAGGUUUCAUCAGCGUGGAGGCCUUCCACCAAGUUAUUCAGGAAACAAACAUCAGACUCCCAACUGAUAAGCUCAAUGAUAUCUGUGCCACGGGGUUCAUCGUGUGGAGCGAAUUAUGGCAAGUGAUCUUGGAGCUGGACCGGAAUUUGGGAGGGAUAAAGGAUUCAACAGGAAUGAUGGGUAAGAAAGUCUUUGAUAUUUAUCACUUCAACGGGAUUGCCAAAUCCGACAUUAACGGUGGUGGUCAAGCUAUGGCUGUGGAAGGUGGGACGGUUCCUAUGCAAAGGCCGCGUCUCACGAAACUAAACGUCUCUGUUCCUCCUAAAUGGACACCGGAGGAGUACAUGUCCUGCGCAAUGCCGACGAGCUCUGAGAAAGACUCAGAAGUGAACCAGCCUAAACCGGUACAGCAUGCACCAUUGGUGGAUUGUAUCAGAACUCGGUGGUCGCGUGCUACUUGUAGCUGGAUUGGAGAUCCUCCAAGUAUAGUCUGAAGAAUGUUGUAUUAUGAGAAAAGCGGAAAAACGGGAAACUGCUGAUUUGAUUUUGGCGGUUUAGACGCGUUUGAACUUUCUUUGCGUUGUCCGUUUUUCCUUUUAUGUUGUUCAUUGAUGUAGAAUUUUUGUUAUACCUGUUAAGAUUGAACAAUAUUGAGACGAAUAAAUAUUUCAAUUGUUGGAUGAAAUUGCGUUCAC